CCAUCGCAUCGUUCAAAACAUCAAAAUCAAAUUACAAACGGUUGUCGUGGAAACAGAUUUGUUUAGGAUUGAAAAUAUUAUAAAGGUCCUAUUAUUUUAUUAUUAAUUUUCUAAUAUGGAUUCUGUAACAAGCACGGAGAAUGUGUGCAUGGACAUCAAGAUGACCCAAGAAAAUAUUCUGCUUGAGAUUAUCAAGGAAGUUUGUAGUGAAAAUAAUAAAUUGUCGGAUAAACUGAAAGGCAAAGUGAACAGGAUUAUAGCUGAUUGUGACCUGUCGUACUACUCGAGCUUGCACAAGCUCAGUACCGGAGAUGAAAGCACUGCUACUGUUCUGGGAUUCAUGCACCAAUCCGCAGCAGAACUAACAUUUGAUGAACAGUCAGAAUUCAACCAGGCAGUUCUUCAGAAAAUACAAACCAAGUUGCCAGCCUUUACUGCAGAGCUUGAACAUCUUAAACAGUCGACUAGCACCACUAAACCACUGAAAGAUGUGAAGAAAGAACUCCAGAACAGUAUUGACAGUAAACUGAGCACUCUUGAAGAACAGGAGAGUGAGAAAGUGGAGCUGAUGAUGGAGUGGCUGAAUCAUAGGCUGCGGGAUGUUACCAAGUUCAGCCAUGAUUCCAGUGAGCUGUUGACGUUGAAGACUAAGAUUUUGGAUUUGAAGUCGAAGAUUCUUCACCUACAAAUUCUGCAGAACAUCUUCACUGAAACGAACCAGUCUAUCAAGGCAUACAGCGAAAUACACAAGGACAUGAAGGAUUCCAUUAAAGAAACGGAGCAGAGGAUCAAACACUUCAGGACUAUUAUUGAUAGUGAUGGCAAUUAACUAAGUACCACAUAUUCCAUCUUGUGCUAAACCUAGGUAGGUGCUUAAGUUCUUCUUACUUGAACCCAGAGGCUGGUUAAACCGAGCAAUCUCCCUAGGCAAGCACCACAUAGGUGCCUGGAAUCGCCGCCUCUCUUUUGGCAGUUGGACAGUCGCGGUGACCCUCUGUAAUCUGACGCCCUAGGUCUACCUAGUUAAUAAUACAGCUCCACUUGAAACUUAUAUCUUAGAAGCUGUGACACAACCGGUAUAAUAUUAAUGAAUAUAAUAAUGACGCAGCGGCUAAAAAAUUAUAUCGGUAAAAAAGGUACAUGUUUACAGAAACAGCUGUAUUAAUAUUUGGAUUUGUGUCUCCUAAGUCCUAAUGCUUUAUUUUGGAGGCUUAUAACAAACGCCAAACUAAGUACCUACGUUCCUAUGUGUAAACUUUGCUGUCUAUUAUUUUUUUUAUAACUGGAUGGAUAUUUAUAAGACUUUUUGGAACAUUUUACUGAAGAUUUAAAGUCAUUGAGGAAAAUGCAUGUCUAUCCGCCUUCUUGUGUCAAAUACCACUUGAACCUAAUUUAACUAGCCGUCUCCGCAGUCGGAUAUUUUUGUGUGGACUAAUUAUUAUUUACCUGCAAAGUGUGAACAGGAAAUAUUAUUUUUGUUUUGUUAUUUAAUCUUUCUGUUAUUUCGAAAUAAACAAUGUUUAUU